AGCACAACCAAACUUUAGCCACUUAGCCACACCAAUCUUGUCUGCAAAUCCCCCUAAAUUUAGGUCAAGCAAAGACAAAGAACACAGAUGUCACUCUACAACUGAGCGAGCCACUCACUGAGUCAAAGAUUUAUAUAGUUUACUACACUGAAGAAUGUUCUCUCAAGAGUACUCUUCUUCUUCAAUGGCGAAACCAAGUACACGUCACAAAUCCUCACUUUCAGAUGGCUGUCUCUUUCUUUCCGGAGCAUUUGUGGCUCUACUACUUGUCUGGUCUUUCUCCACUUUUUCUUCCUCUAUUCAGCGUUUUGAUGCUCUCUCCGAAUCAAAGGCUGCAAGUGAUCGACAACAAGGAGGCUGCGAUAUGGGAGGUGUUAAUUUACGAUACGACCCUCCGGAUGAAACGUUCUACGACGACCCGCAGUUGAGUUACACUAUUGGGAAGAAAGUUAAAAACUGGGACGAGAAAAGAAGAGAGUGGCUGAAGUAUCAUCCGUCGUUCGCCGCCGGAGCGGCUGAGAGGAUUGUUAUGGUGACGGGAUCACAGCCGUCGCCGUGUACGAAUCCCAUUGGUGAUCAUUUACUUUUGAGGUUCUUUAAAAACAAGGUUGAUUACUGUAGGAUCCACGGAUAUGAUAUUUUUUACAACAACGUGUUACUGAAUCCGAAGAUGAACUCGUUCUGGGCCAAGAUACCGAUAGUCAAAGCGGCGAUGCUGGCUCACCCGGAAGCCGAGUGGAUCUGGUGGGUGGACUCGGAUGCGUUGUUCUCCGACAUGGAGUUCAAGCUCCCCUUACAUAGGUACAAGAACCACAACGUCGUCGUUCACGGGUGGCCUCGGAUGAUAUACGAGGAUAAAAGUUGGACCAGCUUAAACGCCGGCGUUUUUCUCAUAAGGAACUGUCAAUGGUCUAUGGAUUUCUUGGAGACAUGGGCUAACAUGGGUCCCAUCAGCCCGGAUUACUCGAAAUGGGGUCAUAUUCAACGAUCAACGUUCAAGGACAAACUCUUCCCGGAAUCAGACGAUCAGGCGGCUCUGAUUUAUUUACUAUACAAAGAGAAAGAAAAAUAUUAUGACAAUAUUUAUUUAGAAGGCGUAUUUUAUUUCGAAGGUUAUUGGGUAGAGAUACUGCCGACGUAUGAUAAUAUAACGGAGAAAUAUAUAGAGAUAGAGCGAGGGUCGCGCACGUUAAGGAGGAGGCACGCGGAGAAGGUGAGUGAGUUCUACGGUGCGGAGAGGGAACAGUAUCUGAAGGACGCCGGGAGCGGGAGAUGGAGCUGGAGGAGGCCGUUUAUCACGCACUUUACGGGGUGCCAACCGUGCAGUGGGGACCACAAUCAGAUGUAUUCUGGAGAGACGUGUUGGAGCGGGAUGGUGAAGGCGUUAAAUUUUGCGGAUAAUCAGGUGCUUAAAAAAUAUGGUUUCGUGCACCCGAAUUUACGUGAUUCGAGCUUGGUGUCUCCUGUGCCGUUCGAUUAUCCUGAUCAAGGUCCCUGGGGAUAAGAUUAAUCACAGAAGAGCUAAGCUAGACGAUCAUGGAAUUUGAUGCAUAUAAGCAGUAGAAUUUCCAAAACCUGUUUCACUUCAUCAACAUCUGCAUAACGAGGUUAUCCCGCAACUUUUAGUUGCUUUUUACUUCCGGAUUUCUGGUUAAUUAUUUCGAUUGUAAUGCUUUAUGGGGCAUGGUUGUUUAAAUGCUGAAAGAUGUAUAGAAGUGUAGCCAGUUAGAUUAUAAAAGAUUUCAGCGUCUAAAAUAAUUGUCACCUUGUGUAACAUGAAGAUGCAGACUCUGAUUAAUAAAAGUUCACCUUAGAAGCAGCUAUAAC